CGAAGUGUUUGUCCCCGUUUACACCGCCAGAUGCAACGGCGUGAGUCCGUCCAUCAAGUGACGAAUUACAAUCGGCGAGCGCGGACCCGGUGGAAAGCAUUCCUAUGGCUGACACGAGACGCGCUGUUAGGUUAAGUUAGGUCGGCGACGUGCGGCAGGUUUGCGCGGGAACGAUAAUUCCGCGACGCAGGCCUUCGUGGGAUUUCAGAUCGACGUGACAGGCACUUUAGAUCGGCGUGCACAGAACACGUCAUACGAAAACAUGAAGAAACGCCAGUUGUCACAGAAGAAGAUUUCCACCGCUAAAGACGUUAACAAGUCUCAGACAAAAAUAUCGUCGUUCUUUAUGAAAAUUCCAAACGUUGCGGGCAACGCUAAGAUAUCAGACGUAAAAGUUGUAGGUAAGGAUAAAGUAUCAAAUGUUAUCGGCUCGGUGUCUCAAGCCUCGAUUGAAAGAAAGAGGAAGGAAAGAGAUGACGAGUUUGACGAAGGAUCCUACUUGAGCGUUAAGAAGAGAUGCGCGAAUGAAGAGCCAUUGAAGGAACGUUGUGGUGCAAACACGGGCAAUUCAGUAUUCAAAGACGCGCCGAAAGAUUUCGAGGAUCCGUAUAGCAAUUUCAAAGAGAACAAAGGGGCGUGCAAGAAAGUUAAGGAGGGAACUUCUGCAAUGAGAGGCGAGCAGAUUGUUGACGUUUUGCAAAACUCUACCGGUAUUAGAAGUACGAAUCUCUCGAAUGUUGCCAGUAACGAUCCUGUUCUUAAAGGCACGCGAGAGUCGAGUAGCGCUGCUUCGAGAUCGGCCCAGUCUACCGCGGAAGCGUCCGGGCACGGAAAAUCCGAGUCGCGCGAUUUAAAGAAAGCUGAAUCCCCCGAGGACUAUUGCGCGAUGAUGAGUGGCGACGAGCUCGACGAUUUCUUCGAUCAGGAGUGGCAGCCGCAGAUCGACCUCACCACCUUGCAGAGGUGCAAGAUAAUCGACGUAAAGCAGGAGUCGAGGGUCACCGUUUUAACGGUGCGGCACACGGAGUCCGAGGGUACCGACGCCGUUGAAUGCUCGGGAUUCUGGAAAGACGCGCGAUUGAAGAUCGACGACGUCGUCACGAUACAGGCGAGGAAGGAUUCGCGACGAUGGGUCGUGGAUAACAAUAACGGUUUUCUCGUGGCGCAGCCUGACCUGCUGAUAUCGGGCACGACGAUAACGAGCGGUUUAUUUUGCAACAGGCGGGCGGUGCUGGCCGAGAAGUUCAGGAAGAUCGAGUCGCUGCCGGGCUUGAACGGCGAUUGUUCCAUGAUGACCGUGGGAUCCUUGGUCCACCAGUGGCUGCAAAAGGCGCUGCGGGAGAACGUCUGCGCGCUGUCCGACGUGAUCAAGCUGCUGGACGAUAUUUUACGCGCGAAGGAUACGCUGGAUUAUCUCUACGCGUCGGAAUUGUCGCUCGUGGACUGUCGGAAACGCAUGAUGGAGUACGCCCCGAGGAUUUUCGAGUUUAUUCAGCAUUACGUCAAGGGUAACAAGCAGCGGCAGCUGAGCAGUCUGAAGGACAACUUUCAAGGAAGCAUCAAUAGCAUACAGGACAUCGAGGAGAGCAUUUGCGUGCCGAAGCUAGGCAUAAAGGGGAGGAUAGACGUGACGGCGGAGGUGAACAUCAAUUCGAGGAGGAGGAUCAUGCCGCUGGAGGUGAAGACCGGAAGAGCCUCCUACUCCGCCGAGCACAAGGGCCAGGUUAUUCUCUAUCUCAUGAUGAUGGGCUUCAUGGACCAGGACGUCGACGCCGGGCUGUUGUUGUAUCUGAAGGAAAAUGCGAUGCAGGAGAUUAAAAGCGGGCACAACGAGAAGAGGGACUUGAUCUUGCUGCGCAACACCCUGGCGCAUUAUUUCUCUAAGAAACCCGAGAAUCCACGAGACGCGAGCUCGGAGCCGCGGCUCGAGGCGAUGGAAUUGCCGGCGCCGAUAAACCAUCGCGACACGUGCGGCAGAUGCCCCUAUCAGACCCUGUGCUGCGCGUACUUGGCGCGGGAGCCGAACGCAGAUCUGUCACCGUCGCAUCCGCUAGCGGCGCCGAUUGAAGAGCUGCGGAGCGACUACGAGGCGAGCCAUUUGGAUUACAUCAUGAGGUGGAUCGCGUUAUUGCAACUGGAGGAGAGCCACGAGAACAGCAACAGCAGCUUGAGCAGCGUAUGGACGACGAGUCCCGAGAAGAGGGAGGAGAGAGGGACGUGUAUCUGUAACUUGAAGACCACCGGCAAGGUGGUGGCGCGGGACGAUAGGUACCAGCACGAGUUUGCACGCGUCGACAUCAAGGGGCAGACCGUCGCGAGCGGGUCGUUCGGCGGUGCGUUCGCCAAGAACGAUUAUAUUAUUGUCAGCACGGAUGCACGAGUUAACAUAGCCAGCGGGCAUAUAAUGCAUGUUUCGCAUGACACCGUCGCGGUCCUGCUGGACAAGGACGUGACGCGACUGUACGCACGCUCCACGUUCCACAUCGACAAGUGUACGUUCACGGGUCUGUCCACGUUUAACUACGCGAGCGUGGCCGGUCUGUUGAGCAACGACGAAGCGUACCUCAAGCUUCGACGCAUCGUCGUCGACAGAAAGCCGGCCACGUUUGCGGAGAAACUGCCGCGUUCGGUGGUGUCGACCAGCGCUGGGAUAAUAGGCGAUUUAAACGAGAAUCAACAGCGGGCCGUGCUGAAGGCGGUGGCCGCCCACGAGUACGUUCUGAUAAAAGGCAUGCCGGGCACCGGGAAAACGCAGACGCUGGUGGCUCUGAUAGAGUUGCUGCAGGAGCUGGGCUCCAGCGUGCUGAUCACCGCGCACACGCACAGCGCGGUGGACAACGUCCUCCUCAAGCUGCUGGAGCGGAACAUCGACUUCCUGCGGCUGGGCUCGACGAGGCAGAUACAUCCCCUGUUGACGUGCAAGAGCGAGGAAUACGCGAUCGCGAGCUGCGACUCGCCGGAGGAGCUGGAGGCGCUCUACAACGGCAAACGGAUCGUCGGCGUGACCUGCUACGGCGCGUAUCACGCGCUCCUCAGGAGGCGCAGCUUCGACGUGUGCGUGGUCGACGAGAGCGCGCAAAUCCUGCAGCCCACGGUGCUGCGGCCGCUGUACAGCGCGCGCAAGUUCGUCCUGGUCGGCGAUCCGGAUCAGCUGCCGCCCGUCGUCAGGAACAAAACCGCGGCGAGGCUCGGCGCGGACGAGUCUCUCUUCGUCAGGCUGAGCAGCGACGACAACACCGUCAAUUUGUGGAGGCAGUACAGAAUGAACGGGAGGAUCAUGAGGCUGGCCAACGACACGACGUAUCGCGGCAGGCUGGUGUCGGGCAACAAGCAGGUGGAGAACGCGACGCUGACCGGCGCGAACAUGGAGCAGGCUCUCUCGUCCAGCGAGAGGUGGGUGAGAGGCGCGCUCUCCAGGAACUUGGACGACUCGGUGACGGUGCUCGAUACCGGUAGCACGUACAACUUGAGCGUGGAGCACGGGAACGAAGACGUUGCGUCGGAUCAAGCGUACUCCAACGUCUGGGAAGUCGCUGUUACUCUGCGCCUCGUCCAAGUGCUCGCUGAAGCGGGCGUGUGCGCUAGAAACAUAGGGAUUAUCGCGCCGUACAACGCUCACAUAAACUUAUUAAGAAAAUUUAUAGACAAGGAAGUGGAAGUGAAUACCGUGGACCAGUACCAGGGACGCGACAAGGACGUUAUACUGUACUCUUGUACGAAGAGCGUCCAGUGCGACACGAAGAAGGAGUUCGAGAUAUUGGACGAUCAGCGACGUUUGACGGUGGCCAUCACUCGCGCGAGACACAAACUCAUCAUAAUCGCUGAUAAAGUCACUUUGCUGAGGUACACGCCGUUCAAGAAUCUGUUUGACGUCAUCGACGAGAAGAAUGUGAUAAAUCUGCGCGAUGGCGAGGAGGACUUUAGCUGGAAAAAUCUUAUUCGUAGAAUCGACAAUCACGAUAAGGAAUUGAAAAACUAAUCGAACAAUAGUGAGAGAGACAGACUGAUAAACUAAUCGCAUUUUGUUUAGCUCUUGUAAAACAGCAUCGCACAAAUAUACAGUUGACGAAAACCUCGCGACAUGUCGAGGUAAAAGUAUGUACGAGUGUUUAUACAAAAAUACAUUUAUUUUUUCAAAUUGAUAUAUAUAUGCAUAUUCUUUUUUCCUUGUAUA